UCCGCCUCUGGCUCCGCCCCCUCCUCCUCCUCCCGCGCGAUGUCGAGCCUCCAGCGCCCCUCGGCCCCAUCGCCGCAGCCGGUCUCCCUCAGCGCGGAGCAGGCCAAAGUGGUUCUGGCUGAAGUCAUCAAGGCAUUUGCUUCACCAGAAAAUGCCCAGCGCAUGGAGGAAGCAAGGGACAACGCCUGCAACGACAUGGGCAAGAUGCUGCAGUUCUUGCUGCCUGUGGCCACUCAGAUCCAACAAGAUGUGAUCAAAGCCUACGGUUUCAGCAAUGAUGGAGAAGGAGUCCUAAAGUUUGCCCGCUUGAUAAAAUCUUAUGAGACCCAGGACCCUGAGAUUGCAAGCAUGUCUGGAAAGCUAAAAUCUAUGUUCUUGCCUCCGAUGACACUGCCUCCGCAUGGGGCCGGGACAGGCGGGGUUGCAGCAUCGUGAAGCUGUCAGCCUCUUCUGUGUUUCCUCGUUAUGAUCCUUGCAUCAGUGUUAGUUAACUGGAUUUUGAGACAUCCUUUCCUUGAAGUGGCAUCAUAUUUGUCACAUUCAUGUACAGUCUUCCUUCAGUGUUGUGUAUGAAUGCUUCCUUGCAUUAUUCUUGUAAUAAAAACUUUGUAAAUACCUCCCAA